CUCCACCACCUCCCUACUCUACUCAUCCCACCCCACCAUAUAAGUAUAACCACCGAUGCCCUCAGAGUUGACACCCCGCCGUCUCCCACAAACCGCAAUGCGUCCAGGAAACCGGAACCACCUCCGCCGCGCAACAUCCGGUGCUUUCCACCGUCUCUCGCCGACACAAGCACAAGAACUGAAAGAGUCGUUUAAUUUGUUGGAUAAGGAUGGAGAUGGGGUUGUCGAGAUGGAGGAUUUGAGGGCUAUGCUCGUCUCACUUGGUCAAAACCCGAAUGAGCCCCAGUUGAAGGAUAUGCUAGACGAAAUGCCCUCCCCCCUAAACUUCGCCGCAUACCUAACCUUCAUGUCCUCCCACCUCCUCGAGAUAUCCUCCCGCGACGACCUCCUCGCAGCAUUCAGCACGUUCGACGAAUCCAACACGCCCGCGCUUACGGCUCCUGUCACCCUCCUCAUGGAAGCGUUGGUGGAGGAAGGGAUGGGGAGGGAUGAGGUGGAGAGGGGGAUGAAGGGUUUUGUGGAGAAGAGGGGGGUUGGAGGGGGUAGGGAGGGGGUUUUCCAUUAUGGGAGGUGGGUUGAUGCGUUGAAGGGGAAUGAGGGGAGGCCGGGGAGUGAGGGGAGUCAGUAAACCGACGCAAGUAUUGCGAGGUUUGCACGUUUGCAGAGGCGCUACUUUGUGAGUGGAGGUGAUACACAUGUUUUUUCUUUUCUAUUG